AUGUGCCUUUACCUUCUGCCAGUACCCCCAGGACUGGCUAUUAAUUUUCAAGUCGUUGAAUUUUCACUUAAUGUACUGCAGCUCUCUGAAGCGUGUUUGCUCCUUACGCUGGGAAUCGUGCAGCGCAGGUUACUCCAGGAGAGCCCCACAACAAGCUGCAAGCGGGGACAUCUCCAGGGCCAGGGGACCGGGUUGGGGAGAGACCGAGGGGCCAUCCUAUCCUGGAGUAGUGCACAGAAAUACGCGUUAUUUAAGCGCUGCUCUCGCCAGGACGUAACGCCGGGGCCCCAGCGGGGGAGCGGGCAGCAGGCGCGGAGCCCCCGGCGCCCCUCCGACACCGUGGAGCUUUCCCUGGCUCGAGUUUGCUUUGGUGAGGGUUAUAUUGGGGUCUUUGUGUUUGGGGUUUGGUUGAGUUUUUUUGGCUACUAUCCCCUGUCGGUCUCCCAAGGGCGGCAGGAGGGAGCAGCAGAGGGGACGACAGGAAGAAAGAAAAAACACGUACAAAACAAACCCACGAAAAAACCUGCUUUGCAUGUUGCAGCCCCGCGCAACGCCCGCUUUCCUCGCCUUCCCCCCCGGGGGCGCUCCGCAGCCGCGCAGAGCGGAGCCGCCUGCAGCCUCCGGGGUUGCGGGCUCUGCCCUCCCCUCAUCGCCGUGGUGCCGUGCGCGGGACCGCGCGGUCCCCGCGGGUGUCCUGGUGCAUCCAGCGCCCGGCGCUGCUCCCGGCUGCGGGUCUCCGCUCGGCAAGGCCGAGGGGCUGCCUCUCAGAUCGCAAGCCGCCCUCUGGGAAGACAGACAAAGAUAGUGAAUAGGAAAGAUCUGAGAGCUGAUAAAGCAGAUGAUGAGGAUGACGAAGAUCUAAUGGUGAAUAAAACAUGGGUCCUUGCACCAAAGAUUCAUGGUGGGGAUGUAACACACAUACUGGACUCCUUACUUCAAGGAUAUGACAAUAAGCUGCGGCCAGAUAUUGGGGUGAGAACUACGGUAAUUGAAACAGAUGUCUAUGUUAACAGCAUUGGCCCAGUUGACCCAAUCAAUAUGGAAUACACUAUAGAUAUAAUUUUUGCCCAGACAUGGUAUGACAGUCGUCUAAAAUUUAACAGCUCAAUGAAGGUGCUUAUGCUUAAUAGCAAUAUGGUUGGAAAAAUUUGGAUUCCAGACACUUUCUUCCGGAACUCAAGGAAAUCUGAUGCUCAUUGGAUUACAACUCCAAAUCGUUUGCUUCGAAUCUGGAGUGAUGGAAGAGUGCUAUAUACUCUAAGGCUGACAAUUAAUGCUGAAUGUUAUCUUCAGCUUCAUAACUUUCCUAUGGAUGAGCACUCCUGUCCGCUGGAAUUUUCAAGCUAUGGAUAUCCCAGAAAUGAAAUUGAAUACAAAUGGAAGAAAACUUCUGUUGAAGUGGCAGAUCCAAAAUACUGGAGAUUGUAUCAAUUUGCUUUUGUAGGGCUACGAAACACAACUGAAAUUUCUCAUACCUUGUCUGGUGAUUAUAUUAUUAUGACAAUCUUCUUUGAUCUCAGCAGACGUAUGGGAUAUUUUACUAUUCAGACAUACAUUCCUUGUAUACUCACUGUUGUUCUUUCAUGGGUGUCAUUUUGGAUCAAUAAGGAUGCAGUUCCUGCAAGGACUUCUCUGGGCAUUACAACAGUGCUGACCAUGACAACGUUGAGCACAAUUGCCAGGAAGUCACUCCCAAAGGUUUCCUAUGUGACAGCAAUGGACCUUUUUGUUUCAGUUUGCUUCAUUUUUGUGUUUGCUGCCUUGAUGGAAUAUGGCGCCUUGCAUUACUUUACCAGCAACAGAAAAGGGGACAAAGGAAAAGAAAAGAAGACAAAAUCUAAGCCAUCAAAACCACCUGCAAUUGCUGUUCGACCUGGAUCAACACUGAUUCCAAUUAAUAACAUUAAUCAUCUCCCUGAACAUGAUGAUGAUUAUGGAUAUGAGUGCCUAGAAGGGAAAGACUGUGCUAGCUUCUUCUGUUGUUUUGAGGACUGCCGCACAGGAUCUUGGAGAGAAGGAAGAAUACACAUCCGUAUUGCAAAAAUUGACUCUUAUUCUCGAAUCUUCUUUCCAACUGCCUUUGCAUUGUUCAAUCUUGUUUACUGGAUUGGCUAUCUUUAUCUUUAA